AUGCGGAACGAUCAAGAAAAAAAGACAGGCAGUAGGGUCUUUGACUUCUGCGGUCUCAAGAGGCGUCUUAAGAAGGGAGAGGACAUCAGUCCGGUUGAAAGGGACUUUCUCUCCUACUACGGAAUCAAGUGGCGUCGCGGGAAUAGCAAGGUAUGGCAUAUCGAUACAAACAACGAUGGAUAUACCCUACCGGACUACCUUGACGCUAUGUUGUUGGACUAUACACUAGCCAUGACACCAACGGAUAUUGAUGCUGCACCCGCGCCGGUUGGUAUGAUUUUACAGCUACUUCUAGCCGAAGCGAGGCAGAAGAUGCGGAUAAACUCUCCGGCACAGUUCAAAGCUUUAUGCCAGUUGAGAGGCCCUUUCUGGAGCUACAACCAGGUGAUUUCUCUCGCAGACACUGAGGGGGCGCAAGGGAAUGUUCUUGAAUGUGCGCUAAGCUACGCACUGUGGUACGGAGAUCCGAGAUCCCUCGAGACAAUUUGUGUUGUCAUCCAAGCGGAGCAACCGAUUAUCAGCACCAGUGCAGAAUGUGAAGGGUGUCUACCGGUACUUGGUGCCAUGUGUCAGUGGCUGAAUGAACCCCUGCGAAGAUCGUAUCAGGAUGAACUGCUAAUUCCGUACGCUACAGCAAUGAUUCAACGCAAUCGACGCACCAACCGGAGGGCGAAUCGAGAUGUCUAUGGGAUAUUUACUGAUGGGUUUAUAUGGAUGUUCCACCACGUUGAUAAGAAGUACAAGUAUUCUUCCUGCGCACUGCGCUGGAACGAGGAACAACAAAACGUCAUCGUUAGUCUACUCAGCAGGAUAUUACACGAUGCGCUCAAAAUGAGCCUGAUGCUUGGUGAGGAGGCAACUCAGUCGACCGAGGUCCGAUCAGUUUGGAAUCGACCGCAAGCAGGCCUUUCAGAGGGUCGGGAAUCUAUGAGCCACACGGCGGAUGGCGAGGAUGAAUCUUCACAAUCGCAGAAUAUGGAGUGGUUCUCUAAGCUUGAGAGGAGAAUAAUGCAGAUUAUCGCGCGCCGGGGCGAUCCUAAGGAGACUUUGAUGGUCAAGGAGGCAUUCAGAGUCGCACGCAGCGAGAGUCAGAAACCGCAGCUACCCAAAAAAGCCGUAACAGACAUGGCCUCCGAGGACCUGUACGAUACUUUCGACCUGAUUCAGGAAACGGGGCCAACCCAGGUUUGGGAUCUGGCAGCGUCAGAGUUGAAAGGCAUCACCAAACAUCUCAGCCAUAUUCUCACAUUCUGGGACAAGAUGCUUCUCUACGUUGAACCCAGCGAGAUGAUCUCCGUCCAGCUUAAUAUCAUCAUGGUUUCAAUCCUUGCAGCCAAACAAAGGGAGGCAUAUAGACUAGGCUUGAUCAAGAUACUUUCAUCGUACAAGUCCCUCCGCUGGGUGCGUGAGGACUCCAAGACUCUCAGGUUCACGCGGGUGAUUCGGGGAAAGAGGACAAGAAUCCAAGGUCGGAUGGAUUAUGCACUGUGGUAUGGAAGCCGGGCAAACGUCGAGACGAAUCUGGUCGUCGUCCAAGGGAAAGAAUUCUACCAUGCGAGUUCCUGCGUGCCCCAGGCCAUAACCUAUAUGGCGAUUUUGUACCACGCCCGCAAACAGGCAGGCCGCUUCAACUCGCCAAUAUAUGGCCUAGCCACGGAUUCUUGGAACUGGUAUUUUCUCCGUUUAGAUCCUGAUGGUGUGGUGUCGAAGCACAUGGUAGAUUGGCACACGGACCCCGCGGAGGUCGUUUCCCACAUCCACAAGAUCAUGGACCAUGCUGCGUGCCUUGCAUCUAUGUGCAGCCGGACUUUGACUUAG